GGGAAGAUUUCCUGGCUCCUGCAAUCUGUGAGCAAGUUUCCCAGGUUCCAACAGCUUGUUGGUAAGGUUCCCCAGGCUCCAAUAGUCUGUUGGUGGGGUUUCCCAAGGCUCCAGUUGCCGAUGGAUGAGGUUCUCCAGACUCCAGCAGUCUGUGAUUGAGGUUCCCAUACUCCAGUAGCCCGUUGGUGAGGUUCCCCAGGCUUUAGCAAUUUGUGGGUGAGGUUCCAGGAGUCUGCGAGUGAGAUUCCCGAAGCUCCAGGAGGCUGGGAGUAAAGUUACUGAGGCUCCAGUGGGUGAUAAGCCCGUUAGGAUGAGCCACGUCAGUGCUGCGCCACCGCCGGUUGUGGGAGGAGCUGGUUGAUUGUAUCCGGCAUUCCGGAUCAGGAACCAGGCAGCAGCAGGAUCCAUAUGUGAUGUAUUGAUUGAAGAACUGAGCCAAGUCUUCAGAUCUGACAUGCCGUCAUCAGAUAUACCCAAAGAACGCAGCAGACAACGUGUUCAUGAUCCCAUUGAAGCUUGGCACCCACAAAAUGAUAUGUGGAGCCAUGAAACCAAUUUGGAAGUAGAUGAAAACAAAAGCUUUUUAGAAAACAAUGACAAUGGAUUAUCGGAACCUGAUCAUAAAGUAGUCCUUACAAAUGAUUUCAAUAACAUUUUAUUGCUCUUAUUCCUUUAUGUCCUGCAAGGAAUUCCACUUGGCUUGGCUGGGAGCAUCCCACUUAUACUACAAAGCAAAAACGUUAGUUAUUCGGACCAAGCUAUUUAUAGCUUUGUGUUUUGGCCUUUCAGUCUAAAACUACUGUGGGCACCCUUAGUGGAUGCUGCAUAUUUUCCAACCUUUGGGCGGAGGAAAUCUUGGUUGGUGCCAACUCAGUAUUUUUUGGGCCUUUUUAUGCUUUGUCUGUCAUUUGAAGUGGAUGAAUUAUUGAAGAGUGAUGAACAUACUAGCCCCGAUAUUGUUAAACUUACAGUUGUGUUCUUUAUAUUUGGAUUUCUGGCUGCCACUCAGGAUAUAGCAGUGGAUGGCUGGGCAUUGACUAUGCUAUCCAAAGAAAAUGUAGGACUUGCUUCUACUUGCAAUUCAGUUGGACAGACAGCAGGGUACUUUCUGGGUAACGUACUCUUCUUGGCAUUGGAAUCAGCAGAAUUUUGCAACACAUAUCUACGUUCUCAAUCUCAACCAACUGGAAUUGUCACUCUAUCAGGUUUUCUGUUCUUCUGUGGAAUAAUUUUCUUGGUGACAACAACCUUGGUUACAGUGCUUAAAAAGGAAAACUUGAGACAAACAUCAUUGCAUGAUGCUCCUCAGCAAGGAAUCAAGGAAACCUACAAAUCGCUCAUAUGUAUAAUAAAGAUGCCUGCCAUCUUAAAUUUCUGCAUCAUGUUGCUAACAGCAAAAAUUGGAUUUGCAGCUGCAGAUGGAGUAACUGGAUUGAAGUUGGUUGAAUUGGGUGUGCCUAAAGAGCAGUUGGCUCUCCUUGCAGUGCCUAUGGUUCCUCUGCAAAUAUUAUUGCCAUUUGUGAUAAGUAAAUACACAGCAGGUCGAAAACCUCUGAAUGUUUUUUACUGGACAAUGCCAUUUAGGUUAUUUAUGGGUAUGAUAUUUGCUUUACUGGUUUUUUGGACUCCUACAGUGAAGCAGGGCACAGAGUUUCCUGUUUAUUAUUAUGGAGUACUGCUGUUCAGUUAUGCCUUGCAUCAGGUGACUGUCUAUAGCAUGUAUGUCGCAGUCAUGGCAUUUAAUGCUAAAAUUAGUGACCCUUCAAUUGGAGGAACAUACAUGACUUUAUUGAAUACUGUUUCCAAUCUUGCUGGAAAUUGGCCAGCUACGUUAGCUCUUUGGCUGGUGGACCCACUUACAGUCAAGAAGUGCAUUGGUGCAUCUGAACAAAGUUGUGGAUCUGCAAUUGGUUCUGAACUUUGUGUAAAGUUUGGUGGUUCCUGUUCAACUGCAACUGAUGGCUACUAUGUAGAAUCUAUAUUAUGCAUUGUAAUUGGGUUCACGUGGUGGCUUUAUUUUGGAAACAAGUUCAGAAAUCUUCAGGAUGAGCACCCAUCCACAUGGCAAUGCAAGAGGAAUAAUUGAGCAGUGAAGAUGUCAGCUUUUGAAUAAAUUGAUCAACCAAGAACCCAUCUCCCUGUUCAGGUGGCUAUGAAAAAUAUUGUGGCAUGAUCUGAAGAAGAGAUGUGUUUUCCAGUGUUCUGACCAACUUUCUUCCAUUAACCAAAACUACCAAAAACAGAUGUUUGUUCAACUUAUUAGUUGUUUAUUGGACAUUGUCGUGUGCUAAUUAGCUGCUAUAUAUGUCUGUGUAACAACAGUAAAAACAAUUUAUUGACAAUUCCUUUUGUGACAUUCUGCUUUGAUGAGACUAUAUAAAUUGUAACUAUUUUUGGAAAUAGUUUGUAAGCAUAAAAUCACAAAUGUUUUGGUUAAAGUUGUUUGUGAACUUUAUUUAUUUGGCAAAUUCAUUCCUGUACUUAAUGAUUAUUUUGCACAAGUUAUAUUCCUUUUUACAUUUUGAUUUUUUUCAGUUUAGUUAGAUCUGUUCAAUCCUAAAUCAUAAAGACAAAAUUGAAGAACUAUUCAAAUGAAUUAUUCAAUUUAUUGUUCGUUAUUUGUGCUGUAUUCUAAUUGAUGCCAAUAUAUAUUUAGUUUGUAUUUCUCACUUCUUGCAUAGGCUGCAUCUUCCCACUUAAAUCCCUCAGCAAGCUUUUACAAUUGAAUUUUUAAAACUGACUUUAACCUGUAGUAUUUUUCUGUAGCAAUUUAAUGGGAAUUUGUGCUUAAUGAGACUAAAUCUGUAGCAAUUAGCUAACAUGGUACUAGGCGAUGUAAUUUCCUUUUUAAAAGUAAGUUUAAAUGCUUACAAAUCUUCUGUAUUUAUGUUGCUGGAAUUUGUCACGUACAAAGUCAUAUUUUAAAUACUACUUUGUCAAGAUAUUAAUUGGAACCCACUACAGCUAGAUAUGCAAAUUGCCAAAACAUGUGUUUUCUUACCUACACAUUCUCCCUGUCAUUACUGAUAGUGUUUUCCUGGUAUCUAAGCAGGCAAGUCCCAUAUAUCUUUUACUCAGCCAUGUGCAGGUUCCUGCCUCCAUAAUAAUAAUAUCAGAUGAAAAACUUGCUGUCACCCUGCUGUGAAACUCCACAAUUCAAUUGCAAUAAUGCUAAGUGUAGGACCCCCACCCUAUUUUGCUAAACUGUAGGUCAGUCCCCAUGCCAAUAAUGCAUUAGGACUUCUGUUAAGUGCAAAAUAUUUUGCUCUGAGCAAAGUUCAUUUCUCCCCCAACUCCAGCCAUUGCUUUUUACUGUCUUUUUGCCUUCCUCUAUUUAGAGUUAUUGAGUUGUAUAGCAUGGAAAUAGACACUACAGUCCAACUCACCAUUGUUGACCAGAUGCCUUAAAUUAAUCUAGUCCCAUUUCCCAGCACUUGAACCAAAUCCCGCUAAACCCUUCCUAUUUAUGUACCCAUC